AUGUAUAAUAUUGACCAGGAUGGGCAAGAGGAUAAUGAAAUGUGUUCCACGUUGGACAAAGACAAGGAAAAAGAAGAAAAGGAAUUAUGUAAAAUACUAUUAAGAAUAUUCUUCUGGAUGGAUGGAUUAAGGCAACAAGUGCCGGAGGGGAAGGUAGGCAGUACUAGGUACAUGAAUUGGGUACAAAGGGUAAAAGAGACGGAGGUAAAAAAGGAAGAAGAGGAUCUGGAACAUUAUUAUAGAUGUUUAAUUGGAAAAGUAACCUUAGUAAAAAUGUUAGGCAAGCAUUGUAAGUUAAAGGAAGUAGCAGACGUAGUUAUGAGGGAUGUGAGAACUAUGAGGGAAAGUAAAGGUCUUCACGGUGGGAAUCAACUCUGUAGAAAAGUGGAUUUCGGAAGUUUAAAAUUGGGGAAUAGGUACAUGUGGGAUCAAAUUGAGAAGGGGAUAGAUGCUUUUAAGAGGACAGACAAUUAUGGUGUUUUUGGGUUAUCGGAAGUAGAACAAGGAAAGAGCAAGUUGCACACAAUAAGGGACCAAGUAAAAGAAACUAGCAUUUGCCCAAAUGGAGAAGACAACCUUGACAAAGACACCUUAGAAAAAUUAGAAAUAACACUCUACAACGAUGAAGACCUGUCCUUAGACGAUGACAUUGACACGGACAAGGACACUAAAAAUUCAGGGAAGGAGUUGGAGGACCUAUUGACCAAAGCGAAACAAGCAAAGGAAACAGGGAGGGAUGGAAGUACAGAUGAAGGAUUUCAGAAGAUGAUGGAAAGUAUAGAUGAUGAGUUAGGAAAAAGGCUUACGGCAUCACAGGCAAGAGCACAGGCAACACAAGCACAACCAGUAGGACAACAGGUUGAUGAAGACUGCAGCAAGUACAAAGAUAACCUAUGUGAACGUGCAAAGUGCGUAACAGGGAAAUGGUUUAAAAACAGAAUAAGCGGAGGGUCAAAACAGACUUGGUGUACUUUCUGGAAUACUGACGUCAAGGGGAAACUGAAUAAGUUGUCUGAGGCUAUGACCGAUCGAGCUACGGGAGACGGCGGUAUAUGCCAAAACAUUGCGCAGAGGAAAGGAGAUGGUACACAACAUCCAGAAGCAAACAGAAAAGCUUGUGAAUACAUUGUUAAAGGGUUAAAACAUAUAUAUAAUUCUAAGGAAACUGGGACCCAGGCCCAAAAGAAGAAUAACCAACAAUUUGAUCAAGUUAUCGGAUGCAUCUUUCUAAAUGCUUAUGCAGAUAAGUUGGAAAAGCAGGAAAAAUGUAAGCCGGAGACAGGCAUAGACCAUGCCUUAUCUAAGAAUGAAGAAAUUAAGAAAGGAACUCAAUGCGAGAAGGAUAGUAACUGUAUUGUAUGUACAAGGCAAAAAAAUUUUGAUUGCAAAUUGGACGUAGAAGCGGGUCUAUGGGAUGAAAACGGAAGCAAGGGUUGCAUGGAACACAAUAAUAAUAUAGAAAAGAAAGUGGAAGAAUUACUUGAGAAGAAUACCAAAGUACAAAGAACUCUGAAGAGCAUAUGCAGAGAUUGCAGCAGCAAGAAUAAAUUAUGUGAACGUUUGGAGUGUAUAGCACAUAAUUGGUUCGAGGACAGAAUAGGUCCCACCGAAGGAAAACGGGACUGGUGUUUGUUUUGGGAUCCAGAUGCCAUAAAUAGACUGAAGGAGCUGUCUGGAGGAAUGACGAAGAAAGACGCAAUCAUCGAUUCUCUUUGCAAUAGCGCUAAUGGAAAGAACACUACAUGGGGUGAUACAGAAAAGGAGGCUUGCAAGCUUAUUACUGGAGGUUUGAAAUACAUUUAUGAACUUGAAGAGAGUACGAAAUUGGUAAACAAGAAGGAAGCAAGGAAUAAUAGACUAACAGAGCAAACCAUGGGCUGUCUAUUCCUAAACGCUUUUGCAAAUAAAUUGAUACAGGAGGUUAAACGCCCCUGUAAUAUCACAGAAAAAGAAAUACAAAAAAUGUUUGAGGAAGGAAAUAAGAACAUAAAAACCUGGUGUAAAGAAGGGGAGAAUAAUUGUGUUACUUGCACAAGGGAUAAGGACUAUGCAAAUUGCACAUUAAGCGUGGAGGAGGACCUGCGGGAUAAGGGCGCAAGUGGAAAUUGCGACAUAGGCAAAGAAAGUAACGGAGCUCAGAUAGGAGACAAAGUGGAGAAAGUGUUUGAGAAGGGAAAAGCUGGAAUCCAAAAGCCGCAAAUAGAGAAAGCUCUGACUGCUAUAAAUACUAUAAAUAAGAUAAAUGAUACCUUAUGUGGUCGUGUAAAAUGCGUAACAAAGAAAUGGUUUCCAAGCAGAAAGCGCAGUGAAUCAACGCCGUCCGACUGGGAUGGGAAGAAGGGUGGAUAUUGGGGCGAUUUCGAGAACAGAUUGAAGGAAUUGUCUGAAGCUAUGACCAAGAACGGUGCAUCUGAUGAUAACUUAUGCAAUAGCAUGGAUGGUGCCAAUAAACAAGCAUGUAAUCUUAUUGUUAGAGGAUUAAAACGUAUAUAUGAAAUUCCACAGGGGAGUCCCUCGCCUCCGCAGAAUGCUGUGGACAACCAAAUAUUCGAGCGAACUAUGUCAUGCGUCUUAUUAAAUGCAUACGCAAAGAAGUUGGAAAAUUUAGCUGAAGAAAAGUCUUGUUCUGUAAAGGAAGGUAUAAACCUUGCCUUUAAUAAAAGUAAUGACAUUAAAGCUAUAGUAUCCACAUGUACCGAUAAUACAUGUGAUUUAUGCCAGGAGGAAGACUUUAAGAACUGUACAAUCGGCAAUAAUGAAAAUCUAUGGAAUAAGGUAAAUGGAAUGCUCGACAAGAAGAAAGCUGAAAUAGAACAAACUCUAAAUAAAAUAUGUCCCAGCACUGCGGACCUUGGUAGGAGUGACAGAGUGGACCAAGUUCCAGGACCACUACCACCAUCACCAAUACCAGCACCCCCAGGCGUCCCACCAACAGCGGGAGUGCAACCCCAACCUGGCGCACCAGCAGGACCAAAAGGUCCACAACCAGCUGGGACGAACACAGGUAAGAAUACAGCAUCUUCUAAGAAUACUCCCAAAAAUAUAGACUGCAACAGGCAGGAACUUGAUGGUGAUGAAAAUUUUGAUCUAUGGUGGAAUACGUGCAAUAAGAAAGAUCAAAAAAAUGGGGAUAGGGAGCAUGACGAUGAUAAAAAAUACAGCAUAGGUAAAUGGUCCAUAACGGACAAAGGUGCAACAACCACUGUUAUUGAUGCUACUCCCACUAACAUUGCAGGUCCUGAUGUUACUGCCCCAAAAGGACAAGAUGGUUCUUCCGGUCCAGAUUCCUCUGGACCCGGCAGUACAGGACAUCAGUCUCCUGGUUCCUCUGGACCAGGUAGUACUGGAACCUGGAAACCUGGAUCUUCCGGUCCAGGUUCUACGGGAACGUGGAACCCUGGUUCUUCUGGUUCCGGCUCUACAGGAACCUGGAAACCUGGAUCCUCUGGACCAGGUAGUACGGGAACCUGGAAUCCAGGUUCUUCUGGUACCGGUUCCACUGGAACGUGGAAUCCAGGUUCUUCUGGUACCGGUUCCACUGGAACGUGGAAUCCAGGUUCUUCUGGUACCGGCAGUACGGGAAACCAGAACACUGGUAGUCCAAGACCAGGUUCUACCCGUAAUCAAGACACCGGUAGUCUCCCACUAGGCAAACCUCAAGGACCACCACAACAAGGUGGUAACAAACCACAAGGACCACCUCCCCCCGGAAAACCACAAGAACCAUUAUCACCAGCAAGAGCAACAGAAGCAACAUCACCAUCAUCAGCUGGAAGUAUUACAACGAAAGGGGGUCACUCAGCGGGGGGUACCGGAGAUCCUUCUGAAUUUACCCCAUACCUUCCUACCAUUCCUGUCUUCAUUGGUAUUUCUGCUAUGAGUUAUCUUCUAUGGAAGUAUUUUGCUUUGCCUGGUAAAAGAAGACGUUCUAGAAGGGCUCAUCAAGUACGUGGUCCUCCAACAUUGGAUGAACAACUGCCUGAUCAUGUGGACGACCAAGCAGAUGGUCCACAUGAAUAUACCUUAACGAAUGUCAAAAGGGGGACUUGCAUUCGACGAAAGAAGACUUUUUUGAAAUUUUGGUUCAAGAAUUUAUGGGUUCCGGGUUUAGGGAAGGAAGACUUUGUUCCUAUGGAAGAUAUUCCUAAGGAAGUUAUUCGUAAGGAAGAUGUUCCAACUUCAAAUUCCUGGUUUAGGGAGGAAGACUUUGUUCCCAAGAAAGAAGUUCCUAUGGUUAAUGUUCCUAAGGAACAGAUUUCAAUUUCAGAUUCCGGGUUUAGGGAGGAAGGCUUUGUUCCAAGGGAACAGGUUCUAAGUUCAGAUUGCGGGUUUAGGGAAGAAGGCUUCCUUCCUAAGGAAGAUAUUCCUAAGGAACAAAUUUGUAGGGUUGAUGUUCCUGGUUUAUGGAAGAAGACUUUGUUUGUAUGGAAAAUAUUCCCAAGGAACAGGUUGGAAGUUCAGAUUCCGGGUUUAGGGUUGAUGUUCCUAAGGAACAGGUUCCAAGUUCAGAUUUCGGGUUCAGGGAAGGAAGACUUUGUUCCUAAGGAAUAG